AUGUGUGCCCAGAGACCUCCCAGGCUCACAUCCAAUCAUAUUAGCCAGCUUGCGAGCAGCUUGAAGAAAAACGAUAUUUUGAAGAAGCCCAAGCCCUCCACUAAGGGUAUUAUCACGUAUCAAUAUCGACCGUUUAAGAACGCAGCACGGACGGAUGGGCUGGAGCUUCUCCAUUGGCUGAAGUGCUAUAAGGGUGCUAACGGGGUCAUCCGUGAACCAGACGACUCCGAGUAUCCGUACGCGAAGUACAACAAGAAGGUUCAACUGUACAAGUAUAAUGACGAGGAGUACGACAGCUUGAUACGGCCAGAAAGCGGGAACUGGACGCGCGAGGAGACCGACUAUCUCUACGACCUCUGCGAGCAGUUCGACUUGCGAUGGCACGUCAUCUUUGACCGAUACGAGCAGCAGAACUCGCCUACCCCCCGCAGCCUUGAGGAUCUCAAAGAACGCUAUUACAACGUGGCUCGCAAGCUGCUGGUGUCCCGGCAGGGGCGGGAGGCGGCAGUGGCCAACAGCACCAUUGUGAAGCACCCCUUUAACAAGCAAGUAGAACAGGACCGCAAGCGGGCGCUGGCGGCGCUGCUGGCGCGAACCCAGCAGCAGAUUUCGGAGGAGCAUGCGAUCCUUGCAGAGGCACGGGCUAUCGAGGAGAAGCGGAAAGCCGAGGCCAUGGCAGCCCGCCGCGCAGCGGCGGCGGCGGCGGCGGCAGCCGCCACCACCGCUGCGACCACCGCCACAGCCACAGCCGCUACCACCCCUGCCGUCGGACCGGCCGCUGCUGCACCUCGCACCACGUCACCUUCCCAGCCGGGUCGCCCAGCGCCCCUGCCCGCCGGCCCCGGCGGUGGCGCCAGCGCCGCGACCAUGGCGGCAGCGCCCAUGGGCGCUGCCGCACUGGGCCCGGGCGCCGCCACCGUUGCCGCCGCUCCCGGCGCGCCGCGGGCACUCAGUCCGGGCCCGAUGUCCCUGGGAGGGGACUUGCGGCACCCCGCUGACUUCGAGCCGGCGCCACCCCCUGGCAUCCCAUCGCUUCUCGAUGCGGAGGUGAAGCCCUUCAAGCCGAAGCCGGGAGUGUACCUUCGGGGCGCGCACACGCAGGCCAUGGCGGCUCAGCAGGCGGCAGUUAUGACAGGCGGCUCCAGGGCCUUCAAAGCGGUCGAGGCGACCCUCACGGAGUUGGCUUGUCCGGUGGCGCUGUACGGUCCCCGGGUGGUGACAAGGAGCACCGCGGGCGCCUGGCUGGCGCUGCGCGCAGAAGUCAUCGCGCUGCAUGAGAUGCGCCGAAACCUGGCCAACCGCCUCAACGCGGAUACCGACCGGGCCGCAAGGCAUUAUGGAGGUAUGGCCCUAUCCGCGAUUUUGCAGGUAACUCGAUCUGCGCGUCGUGUUCGUUUUCUGGGGCGUUCAAGGUUCAGUCAGAAGCUCAGCCCGGAGCCGAGCCCGGAACGUCCUGAGCUUGUUGGCGCGCCUCCACAAGCCAACGGUCAGGACAUUAGGGUCUAG